AUGGGCUGCGUCAAUUCCAAGCCAGAUCAAGACGUUGUGAACGGUAGCGCCCAGAUGGACGCUAACGGCGAGAACAAUGCCACAGUAAACGGCAAGUCGACACCAUCCACGACUAACCCCAACAGCUUCGAGGAACAAUACACAAUGGGCAAGGUAAUCGGCUCGGGCACGUUUUCGGUCGUGCGCAUCGCCGUCCACAAGCCUACGAGCCAGCGUUACGCCAUCAAAUGUAUAAAGCGCGACGGUUUAGUGGCAGAAGAUAUUGAGGCACUGACAACGGAGGUCGCCAUUCUCAAACAGAUGAAUCACCCGAACAUCAUGAUCCUACAUGAUUUCUUCGUUGAGGAUAAAUUCUACUACCUGGUGACAGAGUUCAUGGAGGGUGGCGAACUCUUUGAUCGUAUCGUCGAGAAGUCGUACUACAACGAGAGGGAAGCUCGCGAUCUGGUUAAGCUGCUUCUUGAAGCUAUUAAGUACUGCCACGAUGCCGACAUCGUGCACCGCGACUUGAAGCCGGAGAAUCUUCUGCUUACCAGCAAGGACGACGAUGCCUCCAUCAAGCUGGCCGACUUUGGCUUCGCAAAGAGGAUUGAGUUUGACAGUGAGGGCCUCGUAACGGCCUGCGGUACACCUGGCUACGUUGCUCCGGAGAUUCUCGAGGGCAAGCCGUACGGCAAGACGGUGGAUAUCUGGAGCAUUGGCGUCAUCACAUACAUCUUGCUGUGUGGUUACCCGCCGUUCCAUGAUGACAACCACAACGCGCUCUUCAAGAAGAUUAAGAAGGGCAAAUUCCAGUUUGAUUCACCGUACUGGGACCACGUCUCGGAUGACGCCAAGGACCUCAUUUCGCAGAUGCUCGUUGUGGACCCGGAGAAGCGUGCGACAGUAGACCAACUAUUGGCACACCGCUGGGUCACAGGCACGGAGUUGGCUACCGUACAGCUCACCAGUGCUCUGGAGGAGCUGCGUCGCUUCAACGCGCGCCGCAAGUUCAAGGCUGCUGUCAGCACGGUGUCCACGACCGUCGGCUUCAGCAAGAAGUAUAGCAAGUCGUACAGUCAAUCGCAGUCGCCUCGAGGCGAGGCCGCGGACGGAGACCUGCCCGAGGUCUCACUCGAGACGGUGGACGUGCACCUGGACGAUGGCAAGGCCGAUUAA